AUGUCGAACGAGUCAAAAUUCAACGCGUUCGCGCACAAAUUCAAGUACCGCUCGCCGCUUUGGAUAGAGUCGGACUCGGAUCUCAGCAAGAGCAGCGGAAGCCUGAGUGGCAGCGGUGGCAGCAUCCAAAGCAGCAGCUCGGACAGCUCCGGGAGCGUCAACAACUACCUCGACUCCAAGAUUCCUGAGCACCACCAGAGCUCGGCGUCCGGCUUCAGCGAUGGCAACACUGCUGACGAGAAUAACGAAGUACUCUCCGAGGAGGAGAGGACGAAGUUAUCGAGGGCACCUGUCAGGUCAUCACGUCGGAAGACCGGCGGUCCCAGAAGACUGGGCCGUUCAGAGUUCAGUAUGGAUGAGGACGAUUACUCUCCUAGCAACUCUGUCACGUCAGUCAACUCGCUGGCCAGCUUACUGAAGGAGAAACUGCAGGGAAUCCCGCAAAAGAUGCGCAAGAAACCGACGGACUACAAGCUGCGUGCGUUCGUGGGCCUUAUGUUCCUCGCCAUAGUUUUCUUCGUGAGCUUCGCGUACGUGCUGUACCAUCGGCAGGCGCUCACUAAGACCUACUUCGAGAGGGUGCGGUUCAACGGACCGAAGAGGAUCCUCAGCAUCCACACUAAGGACGACGUGGAGAUCCUGAGGGCGAGCUUGGCGGUGGGAUUAGGGGUUUCGGCUAAAGCGUACCCUUGCCUUGAGACGACGCACGGUGAGGAAUCUUGGUGCCUGGAGUGGGCCCGUGCAUUGCGUUUGAGGUUGUAUCCGCUACGGCGUGCCGCCUCCACUUCCGCUUCCGCCACCACCUCCUCUGCCAUCAACGCUACCUGCUAUGCCAUACACUGGACAGCGCUACAUCCCGACGCCGAGCCGACGGACUGCUUCGACUGGGGCGAGACGAAGCUGCGCUGGUACGGCGGCGGCCAGUCGCUCAACCUCACGUGGCCGCUGGACGCGGGCGCCAUCGACUUCACGCCGUUCAUCACCGGCGACAUCCAGAAGGCGCAGUGGGGCAACGUGCUCUCGCGGUACUUCAUCAACUCGAAGGGCGCCGCGCUGAUAGUCGACGAGGAGAGCCCGCUCCACGUGUCCGUGGACGGCGGCCGGAGGCGGCUCUGCCUGAGGGCGAAGCGCGACGACUUCGCCUUCGCCAGCGGCGCCUCCGAGCCGGCCGAGCUCAAGUACAACGUGUGCACGGCGCGCGACAUGAAGUCCCUCCACUCGGCGAUACACGGCCACCGCAGCGCCCCGCUGUGGGACGGGCUCAAGCCCAAGGACAUGCAGACGCUCGAGUCGCUCAUUUCCGAGCCGGUGUGGCAGAUCGCGCCGCGCUUCAAGCGGGAGCUCAACGCGGAGACGAUAUCCAAGUACACGGAGGACGUGAUCAACCUGGGCUUUCUGAAGCAGGGCCACGUGUUAAUAAACGAGUUCUGGCAGAGCGAGGUCGGCGAUCUCUCCGUGGACAGGAGCCGCUUCGAAGCUCUCAACGUCACCGUGGACAAGCUGCACCGCAGGGGGUUCAAGGUGACCUUCACCGUGCAGCCCUUCGUCAGCACGGAGAGCGCCAACUUCGCGGACGCCGUGCAGAGGCGGCUGCUGGUGGGCGAGAGGAGCGGAGACAGCCGGAUCCCGGCCCUCACCAGGUUCAAGUCGUCGGCGAGCGCGGGCGUGAUCGACAUCACGAACAACCGCUCCGUGCCCUGGAUGCUGGAGAAGCUGCGCGGCGUCAUAGACGAGUACAACAUCGACUCGUUCUUCCUCGACCUGGGAACUGCGUACGACAUGCCGAGGUACUACCGCUGCGAGCGGAACCUUCUGAACCCGGACCAGUACAAGACGGUGUUCACGCGCACGUUCGAGGCGGCGCUGGACACUGUAGGCGUGUCGGGGGCGGUGGCGCUGCCGCGGCCGCCCGCCUUCGUGGCGCUGCCGCCCUUCGAGUCCAGCUGGGGCGCGCUGGGGCGGGUCAUCCCCGCGCUGCUCACCUACGGCGUGGGGGGCUACCCCUUCAUCAUGCCGGGCGCGGUGGGCGGCGACAUCUACUGGCCGGGCGGCGAGCAGUUCCUGCCCUCGGCGAAGGGCCCCACCGACACGCAGAGCAACGGCGUGGCGCUGCCGGAGAGGGAGCUGUACAUUCGGUGGCUGCAGCUGGCCACCUUCCUGCCGGUCAUGAAGUUCACACAUCUGCCGAGCAAGUACAACGACGAGAGGGUGCUCGAGAUGGCGAAGAACCUGACCGUGCUCAGGCAGAAACUGAUCACGCCGCUCCUGCUGAAGUACAAGCGCGAAGCCCUGGAAGAGGGGCUGCCCCUGGUCCGGCCACUGUGGCUGGUGUCGGGCGGAGACGCCGCGCUGGCGGUGCGCGACGAGUUCGCCGUCGGCGACGAGCUCGUCGUCGCCCCCAUCCUUAGCCCCGGCCAAACCACCAGGGAAGUGUAUCUACCGGCCGGCGUGUGGCAGGACGGCAUCGACGGCUCCUUGAGGAAGGGCAACCGUUGGAUGCACGAGUACCACGUGCCGUUGCAUCGGGUGGCAUACUUCCUCCGGAAGCCGGACGACAUGAGGUUC